AGCAGAUCUGUCUUAUGGACUUGGGAUCAGCCCAAGGAACAUUCGUCAACGACCAGGAGAUCGAGCCGAACGAGCCGCGCCCACUCAGAGACGGAGACUGUAUCAAACUCGGAGCCAGUACAAGGACCUACGUGUUUAGAAACGCAGCAUCUAACGCUUCAGGAUCCGCAAGCCGAGACCCCGAGCUGCAGCGGAUGAUGCGUGAGAUGCAGAGCUUCGGAGACAAACACAAGAGCGACAAGCCGUCGACAGUUGAUGAAGAAAGGAACAAGAGACAAGCUGAGAUCGCAGCGAUGACGACAGAGAUGAUGCAGACGCCCCCUGAAGUCUCUAACACUGUCGACAAUGAGAAACAGAGCCAGAGCAAUGACGACGACGCUCCUGAAUCGGAAUCUGAGAGCGAAGAAGACAACGACGAUGUCGCGCUUCGAUACGGCUUGUCCAAGUCUCAUGAAGUAGGUCUCGAGAGCCACACGAGGACACUAGCCUGCAUCGCUGUCGACACACCUGGUGCUCGCGUGGCCACUGGAGCCAUGGACUACCACGUGAAACUGUGGGAUUUUGCUGGCAUGGCGCGUCACGUGCGUCCGUUCCGGGACAUUGAGGUGGAAGAAGGUCAUCCGCUUGUGGCUGUGAGCUACAGUCCGUCCGGCGAUCGUCUACUUACCGUCACAGGGUCGUCUCAACCCAAGAUACUCACACGUGAAGGAGUCGAGGAGUUGCAGUUCGCUAAGGGCGACAUGUACGUCGUGGACAUGGCCCACACUAACGGCCACACACACUCUGCUACUGACGGUCAAUGGCAUCCGAAGUUACGCGAUCAAAUGAUUACGAGCUCUUUGGACGGCACAGUGCGUCUCUGGAGUCUUGGAGGCAAACAGGCAUUCAACAAGCUGGUCAACACGUCCGUGUUCAAGUUCAAAGACCGCCGUGGUCGUCGUGGUGGAGUGACAGCUUGCAGGUUCAACCCGGAUGGCUCAAUGAUUGCUGGAGCUACGAUGGACGGCCAAGUGCAGUGUAUCGACCCACGUAAGGCGUAUGCCGGUGCUGCAAUUACUAUCCGGGACGCACACGUGGACGGUGGAGGCGACGUGGGUAUUUCUUCGCUUCGUUUUUCACCCGAUGGGAAGUACCUGGCUUCACGAUCUUGUGCGGACGAUACGAUCAAGAUCUGGGACGUACGCAAGCCUAAACAGAGCGUGAAGGAGUUCCGUGGCGUCGAAGGUGUCUUCGGGACGUGUAACUUGGCCUUUAACCACAACGGUACUGCGAUUGCUGCCGGCACGUGUGUUCGGAAGGGCAAAGGACUGCGUGGACAGGUCCUGUUCCUGGAUGUCCAAACUCCUGGUCUGCUACAGCCUAUCGCUAGUAUUGACAUGAAGGAAGACGAGAGUGCAGUGUGCGUGGAAUGGCAUCAUGGCAUCAACCAGAUUCUCGUCGGCAGCUCGACAGGAAUGUGUCGUGUCUUCUACGACCCUAGACAAAGUACGAAGGGCGUUCUGUUGAGUGCCACCAAGAAGCUGAAAGUGCAGAAUACUGACUCGGGUGUGCGUAUUGAUGGCGCUGGGAAAGUGUACAACCCUCACGCGCUGCCAAUGUAUCGCGAUGAGACGGUUGGGUCUCAUAAGCGCAAGUUCGAGAAGGUGCGUGCUGACCCGAAGAAGUCUCGUGCGCCUGAGAAGCCUAUUACAGGUCCAGGAAUGGGCGGGAAGAUCAGUGGCAGCACGUCUUUCACGCAGUACUUUAUGAGCAACCACAUCAAGUCUUCAUUCCGAGAAGAAGACCCACGCGAGGCUAUUCUCAAGUACGCUGACAAGGCUGAGGCGGAUCCUCAAUUCUUGGGCGCUGCCUACAAGAAAGAGAAACUGGAUCCACGGUAUCAGUUGGCUAAACAAACCAUAGAAGAGGAGAAACUUGCCAAAGAAGAAGAAAACCGUCGACUCUUACAACCGUAGACAAGCAGAAGGUGCUUAAUGGAAGCAGGAUUUCGACUCGUGAGCUCUGAAAAAGGUCAAAAGUGGCGAGGUUUAUUCAGAAUUAUGAUGGAUUGACGCUAUGGUAUUGAUAUCU